AUGAAACAGGCUACCAUCUGUCUUCUGGCACUGAUAUGCUAUGUGGCAGCUGAAGUUCCGUCGAAGCAAGAACGCCGUUUGAUUGUGCAAGCACACACAAAGAUACGCGAAGGCGUCAGCCCCAGUGCCAGUGACAUGAAAAUGAUGAAAUAUUCGAAGAAGCUGGAAGAACAGGCGGAGAAGUCACUGACUGAAUGCAUCGUGGAGGAUCCUCUCGUCACCGCAUACAGUGACAAUGAGACUCAGAAUAUGCGCAUGUACUUUGACAAGAAGCCAACUUAUGCUGACAUGAUAAAUGACCUGGCCGACGAUGCACAGUACUAUGACUACGACGCCAAUACCUGCACUGAAGAUUGCACUCAAUAUAAACGUAUCGUUUGGGCUGAUUCUACGAGAGUUGGAUGUGCAAUGCACAAAUGCGGAUACCUUGAUUCUGAGCAGUCAAGGCCAGUCUACGUAGUGAUUUGCCAGUACGAUCCAAUGCAAGGAAUUGAGGAAAGGAGACCAUACGUGAAGGGACGCAGUUGCAGCAAGUGUCCUGCUGGAGAUAUUUGUCGUCGCAAACAGUGUGUCAAACAGCAGGAACAAGCACAGAUGCGUCGAGCCUAA